UCGGCCAUCCGUCACGACCUUACAGCAUGUUGCUGACCGCUCCGCCCUCGCCGAAGCGCUUCUCCUCCAGCGUGAAGACCCUCUUCUCUCGCACCUCGCCAAGGGCACCGGACACGAGCCCGUGCGCUCGCAACGAGCCUCCGCGCGUCGAACUCUGCGGGAGGCAGGCUCGGUGGCGACUGGUCGGGCGCGCCUCGCGGAGGCCCACUGAGGCGGUGCUUGUGUCGCUGUAUUCGUCGAGCCUCGAGCUGUACGCACCCGGCGAUGAACCGAGCCGGCGAGACCGGAUGCCACUGCAGGUGCUGCAGCUCACGGCCAUCGUCACCAUCUCUGAGAACCUCGAGGAGCCUCACGCGCUGCGGUUGGCGGUUGCUGGACCGCGCGGCCCGGCGACCCACGAGCUCCAGUUCUUCAGCGACGCGGACGCCGACCACCUGCGCGUCUCGAUACGGGCAGCUAGGCGCACGCUGCUGAGGAGCAUGCAGGUGCCCCGGUCAAAGUCGGACGAGCUGCUGGACGCGGAGCUGCACCGCUCCUUCUCCGCCUUUGGGAUGGACACCGCCGCCAUCGGCGCCGGCUCCACGCCGUCACGCCCGGCCGCCAUAGUCGAGGGGCGCGCCGCCCACGCCGCCACGCCCACUGCGGCAGAGGAGCAGCCGGCCGGGUCGGAGGGUCGCGGGCCCGCCACGGCGCCGCCCGAGGCGGACGGGGAGGAGGCGCUCCCCGCAGAGGCGGCGCGGCCCGCAGAGCAGGCGCGGCCUCCCACAGAGGCGACUGGAGAGGGCGCGGGUGCGGCGGCGGGGGGCGACGCCUCCCCUGCGGCGGAGGCGGACCAUGAGGAGGACCUGGACCUCCUGCUGGGCGAGGGAGGGGGCGUCCGCGCGGCCUCUCCGGCGCGGCUCAUCGAGCUGCUCGUCCACCCCUCUCGCUUCGACCACCGCUUCUGCUCGGCCCUCCUCCUGACGUACCGCUCCUUCUUCACGCCCGCAGAGCUGCUCCGCGAGCUCACCGGGCGCUGCUCCCUCCCCACGGCGCUCGAGGGCAGGGAGGGGGCCGGCGAGGGCGCGGCGCUGCAGCCUGUGCGGCUGAUGGUCUGCAACGUCCUCCAAAAGUGGGUCCGGCACUACCUCCGCGACGACGAGAUGACGCCCGAGCUGCUCGAGGCGCUGCACAGCUUUGUCGACGGCCCGCUCGCCGAGAGCGAGCAGACGCGCGCCCUCAGCGCCCUCCUCAAGCGGGCGGUGGCCAAGCGGACGGUGCGGCGGCGAAGCGGGCCGAGGGCGGGCCGCUCGCAGGCGCCGGCGCCCGCGCUGACGCGCUCCUUCGACUCGGACCCGCCGCUGCCGCUGUUCGACCUGGACGGCUUUGGCGCGCUCGACCGCGUCGCGAGCGUGCACCCGCGCGAGUGGGCGCGCCAGCUGACGAGGCGCGAGUUCGACCUGCUCGAGCGGAUCGGGCCGAGCGAGCUGCUCCGCCAGGCGUGGGCCGGCGCGGAGAAGAAGGCCCGCGCUCCCAACGUGCUCGCCCUCGUCGGCCUCGCCAACGCCACCGCGGCGUGGGUCGCGUCGGUGGUCCUCUCCGAGGCGGAGCUCUGCGCUCGCGCCGAGGCGUACGGCCACCUCGUCGACGUGGCGGCCGAGUGCCUCGCGCUGCGCAACUUCAACGGCGUCUUCACGAUCCUCGCGGGGCUCGAGCUCGCCUCGGUGCACCGCCUCAAGGCGACCAAGGGGGCGCUCGCACCGAGGCACCGCGCCGCGCUCGAGGACCUGACCGACCUCGUCUCGUACUCCGCCAACCGACGCCGCUACCGCCGCGAGCUCGAGGCGGCGACCCCGCCGUGCGUCCCGUACCUGGGCGUCUUCCUGACCGACCUCACCUUCCUCGAGCAGGGCAACCCGGCGACGGUCGAGGUGGCCGCGCCUUGCGGCGGCCCGCCCCGGCAGCUCGUCAAUUGGUCAAAGCACCAGGCGUACGCGCGCGUGCUGGAGGACGUGCGCUUCUACCAGCAGAGCGCGUACAACCUCGCGCCGUGCCUCCCGCUCGAGCUCUACCUCGAGUGCGCGGUGCCGCAGCUCCUGCUCGACGAGGACGAGCAGUACGAGCGCUCGCUCCAGCUCGAGCCGCGCGGCGAGGACGAGCUGCCCGCCGCUUGUGUGGCCGCCGCGGCGGAGGAGGCGGCGCGUCGGGACUCCGCGCGCAAGGCCGGCAUGCGGCGGCUGGAGGAGGCGGCCGAUCAGCUCGCCGCGUCGUGCCGGGAGCACGCGAUCGCGCGGCGGGAGCGAGAGGCGUCGGCGGCGGGGCUGGAGGUGUGA